AUAAGAAACCUGGAGCAGUGCACUUAUAUCAUUCCGGUGACAGAGGUGGGGAUACUGAUUUCCUGAUAAUGCACGGAAAACAAGACACAAAUUUUGCAGUUUAACGGCAACUAAAAUUUAUUCCGACAAACAGUGAAAUUUCCCAGCAGUGAAAAAUUCCGCGUGAGAUAAUUCCGGUGGCUGUGUACCCCCACAGGGGAUAGCCUAUUGGCUAAUUAUGUUUUCUUCACCGACUUAUAAUCACCUACCAUUUUAUCCAGAUCCAGAGGUUUCGUCACCAUUCUAAAAACCAUUACAAGACUGCAAUUCUUGAUUCUCCUAGCUCUAUACGUUUCAUUUCGAGGUUUUAAGCUCUUCUUUUGUUGGAUAGCUCGGGCUCACAAUGAGUUGGACUUGGUACUCAUGGUGGACAGGCUCUCUUGGUUCUAGAGCAGGGAGAGUCCAGCAAAAUGUUGAAGACUCGGCAAUAAAAUUCGAUAAGCAAAGAGUAGCCCUGAUCAUAGGAGCCACUGGAAUUGUGGGCAACGGCUUGGCUGAAAUCUUGCCUUUGUCUGACACUCCUGGUGGACCCUGGAAAGUUUAUGGUGUUGCCAGGAGGACUAAGCCUGAUUGGUCUCCAGAGACUCCAGUUGAAUACAUCCAAUGUGAUGUGUUAAACAGAGGAGAAACUUUAGAAAAGAUUUCUGCUUUGAAGGAUGUAACUCAUCUAUUUUGGGUUUGUUGGGUUAAUAGAGAGACAGAGGUUCAUAACUGUGAAGACAAUGGAAGAAUGUUCAAUAAUGUCUUAGAUGCACUAUUGCCUAAUGCCCAAAAUCUUGAGCACAUCUGUCUUCAGACUGGUUUGAAACAAUACCUAGGUCCUUUAGAAAAUAUUCAGCCCCAUGAGCCACCCUUUCAUGAAGAGCUUCCAAGGCUACCUGGACCUAAUUUCUAUUACACGCUUGAAGAUAUACUAUUUGAUGCUGCCAAGAAGAAAAAGGGUUUAACUUGGUCCAUUCACCGCCCUUCAUUCAUAUUUGGCUUCUCUCCUUAUAGCUUGGUGAACAUCAUUUGUACUCUGUGUGUGUAUGCUUCCAUUUGCAAAUAUGAGGGGCUUUCUUUUAAAUACCCGGGCAAUGGGAUCACUUGGGAGCAACUUGUGGAGGUAUCUGAUGCUGAACUGAUUGCAGAGCAAGAAAUAUGGGCUGCUGUGGAACCUUGCGCCAAGAACCAAGCCUUCAAUUGUUCUAAUGGUGAUGUUGUUAAAUGGAAAAAGCUAUGGAAACUUAUUGCUGAGAAAUUUGAGCUGGAAAUGUUACCAUAUGAAGGUGAAGGAUUUAGUCUGGCUGAAGCAAUGAAAGACAAAGGACCUGUCUGGGAGGCAAUUGUGAAAGAAAAUAAUUUACGCCCCACCAAAAUUGAUGACGUUGUGAAUUGGUUGAUUGUAGACUGGGGGCUAAAUUGUCCAUUUCUGAAUCCCGUUAGCAUGAACAAAAGUAAGGAGCAUGGUUUCUUUGGGUUUCGUAAUACAGAAUCUUCUUUCCUAUCAUGGAUUGAAAAAUUGAAGUUAUCUAAGAUUGUUCCAUACAAUGUAACUAUGGAUCCCAAUGAUUAUUUUGUUUCUGCAAUGGAACUCGGCUCCUUAAUGGGGAGAGUCCAGCAAAAUGUUGAAGACUCGGCAAUAAAAUUUGAUAAGCAAAGAGUAGCCCUGAUCAUAGGAGCCACUGGAAUUGUGGGCAACAGCUUGACUGAAAUCUUGCCUUUGUCUGACACUCCUAGUGGACCCUGGAAAGUUUAUGGUGUUGCCAGGAGGACUAAGCCUGAUUGGUCUCCAGAGACUCCAGUUGAAUACAUCCAAUGUGAUGUGUUAAACAGAGGAGAAACUUUAGAAAAGAUUUCUGCUUUGAAGGAUGUAACUCAUCUAUUUUGGGUUUGUUGGGUUAAUAGAGAGACAGAGGUUCAGAACUGUGAAGACAAUGGAAGAAUGUUCAAUAAUGUCUUAGAUGCACUAUUGCCUAAUGCCCAAAAUCUUGAGCACAUCUGUCUUCAGACUGGUUUGAAACAAUACCUAGGUCCUUUGGAAAAUAUUCAGCCCCAUGAACCACCCUUUCAUGAAGAGCUUCCAAGGCUACCUGGACCGAAUUUCUAUUACACACUUGAAGAUAUACUAUUUGAUGCUGCCAAGAAGAAAAAGGGUUUAACUUGGUCCAUUCACCGCCCUUCAGUCAUAUUUGGCUUCUCUCCUUAUAGCUUCGCGAACAUCAUUUGUACUGUGUGUGUGUAUGCUUCCAUUUGCAAAUAUGAGGGGCUUUCUUUUAAAUACCCGGGCAAUGGGAUCACUUGGGAGCAACUUGUGGAGGUAUCUGAUGCUGAACUGAUUGCAGAGCAAGAAAUAUGGGCUGCUGUGGAACCUUGCGCCAAGAACCAAGCCUUCAAUUGUUCUAAUGGUGAUGUUGUUAAAUGGAAAAAGUUAUGGAAACUUAUUGCUGAGAAAUUUGAGCUGGAAAUGUUACCAUAUGAAGGUGAAGGAUUUAGUCUGGCUGAAGCAAUGAAAGACAAAGGACCUGUCUGGGAGGCAAUUGUGAAAGAAAAUAAUUUACGCCCCACCAAAAUUGAUGAAGUUGCGAAUUGGUGGACUGUAGACUUUGGGCUAAAUUGUCCAUUUCUGAAUCCCGUUAGCAUGAACAAAAGUAAGGAGCAUGGUUUCUUUGGGUUUCGUAAUACAGAAUCUACUUUCCUAUCAUGGAUUGAAAAAUUGAAGUUAUCUAAGAUUGUUCCAUAGCUUAAAUCAGCAUGCAUGAAACCCAUUACCAGUCAGUAGGAAGAGUCACAAGCCUCGAGUGAAGUAUGUUUUAUAUCUAGUUGUAUUGUUGCUGUUGCACCAUAAGUAAAAUGCUUCCAAAUAUGGUGUAUAUCUAGUUGUAUUAUUGCUGUUGCACCAUAAGUAAAAUGCUUCCAAAUGUAAUUGUAAUUUCCAUCCUUAUGAGUUGUGGAUAGGAGUAAUUUAUCUUUGGAAUUCUUUCA